UUCGAGUUGACAUUUUUAUUUACUUUAAAAUAAUGACAUACUUGAUUUUCAUCCAUGUCAGCAAAAAAAAAUCUCUUUCUUCCUCUUUCACUUUCUCUCUCCUUUACCUGUCCUUUUCCAUUACCUCUGCAAAUCCAGCCUCUCGGUUUUCUCAAACAACGGAGAAGCAAGUGAUGAUUGUCACCGUCGACGAUAGCGAGCACAGCGCCUACACACUGGAGUGGAUGCUCGAUCACUUCUUCGUUCCUCUAGGUGAUAGUGCCUUGUUCAAGCUUGUCAUCGUUCAUGCCAAACCUUCUGCUACUUUUGCCGUCGGCCUCGUCGAACUUGAUAGCUACACAUGUGGUUCUUAGUACUUUUACUUGUUGAUUCUCUCUAAUUUUUUCUCCUUUUUGCUUAAUUUUGUUUGGUUUUUAUCGUAGAAGCUGCGGAGAUUUUUUCAUUAUGGGUGUUCUCAAACCCAGAUCUGGGUUUUCUUAGGCUUGUUGAAUCAGCCUCGUUACUUCUUAUUUUAUUUGUUGAUUUUCUAGUUAUAAUCUAACAAAUCCAUCAAUUUUCUCUAAUCCCAAAUCUCUCUCUUUCUGGCUACUUUCUCUCUCUUUCCAGAUCUGUAAAUAACAAAAAAAAAUCGAAACAGGGCAAGAGAAACUGGAAAUUGACUGUGAUAAUAGCAACAAAAUCAACUCCCAUAACUCGCAGGAAAAUCAUCGAUGAACAAUCUCCCAUCUUUUCGUUCAAAUCUUGCUUUCUCCUUUUUUUUGUUCUUUUUUGUUCCGCAGAAUCAUCCGGUGGAGGAGGAGAAAUGGCGAUGGCAGGGCGCAUCAAAUCGAGUCUUCCUCUCUUGAACAAGCUAUUGAGAUUCGAUUCCACCUCUGAUCAUGGAUCCUCUCUUGAACAAUUGGUUUCCAAUUUCCCUUGCCCUAUUUUAAGAACCAGAUCUAGGUUGGUUUGAGAACCUAGAUCUGGGUUUGAGAAAACCUAGAUCAAUUGGGAACCUAACAAAUUGCUAAGGAAGGAAGAGAGGAAAAAGAAGGGUGAAGAAAGAGAGAAAGAAUAAGAAGAAGAAAGAAGAAGAAUCAGUAGGGAAAGGAAGAAGGAAGGUUGGUAGAUAGAUGAGGCAAAUCGUCGAAGGAUUGAGAGAGGAAAGAAGGAAGAAGAUGAAGUUUUUUCCUUCUUUGUUUCUUUUAGGUUGAAAAAUUGUGAAAUAAUAGUAAAAAUGUCAAAUUAUA